GUACUUAACGUUUUAUUUCUUUUAUAGUUUUAUUUAACUUUAUAUAGGAAUAAAUAAAUUCUAUUUACUUUUCCACCGUCAAUGACGUUAUAGCUUACAGACAUGUUGAAUCACUUACAUCGAACGUUAAUCAUCAAGUGACAUAAGUCAUAAUGAAUAAAAAGUAGUGUAUAAUUUUUUAUUUUAUUCCUACAAGGAAUACAAUUAAAAGUAAGUAAAUAUUACCAAUACAACAUAACAUGGCAACUGCUUCAAAUUCUUCAAAGGAAGAAGCACAAAUUAAAUCACAAGAUGUGCAAACAAUGACUUGUGUUGGACGUACACAAGGUGAUGGAAUGGAAAAUGUGACGAUGGAAAAAAUUGAAAUCAAACAAACAAAAUGCCGCCUUGGUGAUACACUUAUUUAUCAUCCAACAAAUUUGAAGCAAUCAAGUUUAAUUCCACCAGUUACUCCAAAUGGUCCAAUUAUAAAUUUAGUACCAAAACAUAUUUCUAAUGUUAAAGAUGAAAAGCAUAUUUUAAAUUCUUUAAAAUCAAAAGAACCAAAAUUCGUUCCAUAUGAACCAUAUAAAGCUGCAGUUAAUCCAAUCAUUCCAUAUGACAAAAAAAGUAAAAAAUUCCAAAGAAGCAAUUUAAAUAUGCAUGUAGCAGUUUCUCAAGUUGCCGCAAUGAAAAUUCAUGAAAUAGAAGUUCCAGCUUCUGAGAUCAUAAAAACAAUAGAAGAUAAAUCUUUGGAAUCUGAGUGGCUAAAGGAAAAAAAGGCAUAUGAAGCAGAAAUAAAAAAGUUUAAGGAAGAAAACAGUCAACUUGAAAAUCAAUUGAAAUUUCAAGCUCAGGUAAAUGGAGAAUUAAAGAACUUGUUAGUAGCUGCUGUAGGUGAAGAUCUUGAAACAAAAGUUCAUUUACUGACUGAAGAUAAAUUACAACUUGCUAGAGCUCUUCUAAAUUCUGCUCAACAUCUUUCAACUCAUCAAGAACAAACUGAGUGGUUAGCUGGUCAAUGUGAAGUUUGGAGAAGUAAAUUCUUAGCCAGUAGUUUAAUGGUAGAAGAACUUGCAAAAUGGAAAGCAGCUCUUUGUCAAAGGACAACAGAUCUUCAGGAAGCAAUAAAAAGGCUUUUAGAAGAUCGUAAUCACAUUCGUGACAUAUCUCUUAAAACAUACAGAACACUCAGUAUUCUUCGUGAAAAUUUUGAUCCCAUUGGAGCUGCCUCUUCUAAGAGACAUGAAUUACCAAGUACAAAUAUUGUUGACUUAGCACAAGGAUGUUGUCAGUUAGCAGAAAUUUUGAAAGUUCAAUUAUUAAGUGGGGUAGAGAACAUUCAUUUACAAAAAGAACUUAAUACAAGUGGUCUAGAUAUGAAAACAGUUGCCGAAAAAACAGCAGAACAACUGCUCAUGAGCCCAACAUUACUAAUGUCAGGAAGGCAAGACGUGGCUUGUAGCGCAGUGAUGGGUGCUGCUGUUGCAAUAGGUGGCCAAAUAUUUCUUCCACAAAAUGAUUCAAAUAUAACUUGUUGCCCACAUUGCAGUGGUGAAAUCAAACAAAUUUAAAAUCUUUUUGUUUUAAUACACUAUCAGAAUUUAUUUAAAAAGUUAUUAAUAUUUCUGUACUCUUUCCGAAGUAUGUAUAUUUGA